AUGCUGGAAAGUGUGACUGGCAAUAACAAAAAUCCUAUAAAUAUUCUAUUAAAUAGAAUGGAGAAACCGGAUCUCAAAUUAUUUAACUCCGAUUGGGACUUUGUGUAUGAACUUUUAAAUUUUCUUAAAACCUUCAAACAAACUGUUGAAUUUUUAUCUGUCCAAAAAGGAGUUACUAUAAAUUUAGCCUUAUUAUUUCGUAGUGAAAUUAAAAAUCAUUUAAUUGUAAAAGAAAAUGAUAGUCCACCCAUAGCAUCCCUUAAACAAAAUAUGCUUACUAAAUUUGAUCAUAGAUUUCCAAUAACCGAUCUUCAGGUGUUAGGAGCACUUUUGGAUCCUCGUUUUCAAUCAAUAAACAUAGUAAAUGAAUAUUUAAAGGAAAAAAAUAUUACUCCGGUUGAAUUUUUAUGUCAACACGCUACCUCUCUACGGUCUUACACGGACGAAUUAAACGAAUGUAAAACGACGGAAGUUGCUUCAAAACUCGAUUAUCUAAAGUCAUUGGCUACGAAGCAUUCAUCUAUUCAAAACAAUAACCUGGAACAACAACACUAUUUAACUAGUUUAGAAAAAGAGUGUUAUUCAUUAUUUUCGCCUUAUAAUUUGGAGAUAAAAGAUGUCUUAGAUUUUUGGAAGAUAAGAGCAUUGGAUCUUCCUAAACUUUCAAUAUUAGCUAGAAAGGUCCUGUGCGUUCCAGCUACAAGCACACCCAGCGAGCGUUAUCCCAAGGCAAAGGCAUAUGACUCAUCUUUAUCAGGACGUAUUGUUUUUGUACACUGCUUCAGUGGCGUUGGGGGGCGCACAGGGGCUCGAGCUCCCUUAGCCCCCUAA